AUGAUAAAAGAAACCGAAAUUUCUGAUUAUGGUCAGUUUUCAUUAAACAACAAUUUAAGCAUUGGGUUUUGCGAAAUAGGAAAUAAUGUAAUACUUAGAAAGAAACAAAAAAUAGAUGUGGACGAAUUUAAAGGAAAUGAAAGAAGUUUAGACUUUAUAGAAAAUCAUGGAAUAUUUUCAGUCUAUGAUUUUGUUUAUCCUAUUUCUAGGCAACUUUGUUGUGAUCUAAUUUCUAAUAAUGCAGCUGCUCUAAUUGUUCAGACAGUAGAGUUUAAAUUAAGGCAGAUAAUUGAAGAAGCAAUAAAAUUGGCAUAUCAUAGAGGUAGCUGUAACUCAGGUAGCUUGCAGAAAAAUGAAGGGUUUCCGUUCAUUUCUUUAGGAGAUAUUAACAGUGCAAUGAGAUAUAUAUGCGGGUCUAAAAAUCUAAUUUGGAGUUCAGAAAAAUCUCCUAGAAGUUAUUUUAUUUCAACAAAGCAAAGUGAGGAUAAAGAUCAGGUUAUUAUUGAAACAAAUGGAGAGGUCUUUCACAAUUUACCAGAAAGAACCAUAAAGUAUAUUUCAUGUUUUUCUUUUUCUGAUGAAAAUAGGAACGCUAUUUCUACAUUAAACAGUGCAGGAAAAGAUAUUAAUGAUAAAGAAAUUUUUCAUAGUAUUAUCAGAGACCUAGAUGGAAAAAAAAUAGUAAAACCAACUAUUCACUUACAUUGGCUAGCAGUAGAAGGAAAGUUUGUUUUUAAUUCUGAAAAUGAUACAAAAUUUAUGAAUAAUAUUUCUAAAAAUAUUGAAACAAACUCCAAAUUCUUAAAAGAUGUGAAUUUUAACAUCAAUAUCAAAAAUUUAGAUAAUUUUGAGGUUGUAAUUAAUAAAGCUAUUGAAGGAUUUCUUUCCGAAGAACAAAAAGAGUUUUUAAGUUACAUGAACAGAAUUUUUUUGCGUGCGAUGGAGGAGCUAUAUUCAUCUUGCAAUUUAACAUAUAAUUCUAACUUUUUGAAUUCAAAUAUCAAGCAUAGAGCAUUUAUUUUAAAUAAUUUUUUGAAUAAUUAUGGUCUUUCUGAAAAGGAUACCGACGCAAUAACUUCUGUAUUUUCAGUAAUUGAAGGAUCAAACUUUUCUAAUUUACCCAAAUCAGCUUUUGAUCAAUACAUUAAUUGUUUUAACCAACCUAACAGCUAUAUAAAAAACAAUCAAAUAUAUUCUAAAGAAUCCAAACAAAGAAUCGAACUCAUCUUAAAGCUGAACGAUAUUUUUUAUAUAAUAGAAAACAAAACGGAUUUUGAACCACUGCUACCAUAUUUGGUUUAUUACUUCAAUUAUAACACUAAAUUAAUAUGUUGUAAGUUUGAGGAAACUGGAGAAUUGCCAAAAAUAGGUUCUCUCAGGCUACUAAUAAGAAUAUGUAGAUCUGUCAUUAGAAAUCCACAUUGCUCAAAAACAACAUAUUAUAUCCAUAAAAUUAUUGAACCACUAGUUAGAAUAAUGGUUUCAUGCCCAGUAAAGAAAGUUCUUUCCAACUUAAAUUUGAAAAUCUCUGAAUUGUUCCUUAAUGAUAAUUUAAAUGCCAGACUUGAUGCGAGCAAUUUAUUGGAAAAUAUCUUUGAAGUUUGUUGUUAUCAUCUACCAGUUGGAACAACAAAAAUUCUUGAAUACUUAGCUAAUAAAUUUGAAAAUCUACUGGAUUUUCGUGUUAAUAAUUUGAUAAAUGGUAAUUGUCUUCAAAUUGCAUCAUUAUAUGGGAUUGUUUGCGGAAUUAGAAGUUUAGGUGAUUUUUCAGUCUAUAAUAUUCUUUUCCCAAAACUACUAACAAUAUUCUCUCAUUUCCCUGAGGAUUAUAAAUCAACAAUUUGCUAUCUAAAGCUUAACUUAGAAAUAUCCGCUUUAAUAAACAAAUAUAUUAAUUUGUUCAAAAUCAAAUUUGAAAUAUCGAGCCACAGUAAUUCCAUCGAUACAAUUUUGUUAUAUUGGGAAAAACUUAUUAAAAAUCUAGAAAGGAUACUAGGUGAUGGGGCAGUACCUAUUAUUUUAACUUCGGCCAUUCUUAACUCUAAUUGGAAUUCAGAUAGGGCAAAUCAAGCAGUUUGUUUCCUUGAUCAAUGCAUUAAAACACAUUACAUCGAUUCUAAUGUAAAAUGCCAGAAUUCUAAGGAAUUUUCCUACAUAACUGACAAAAAACUACUUUCUAAUCAAUACAUAAAGAAAUUUAUCGAUUCACAUAAAGAUAAGUUUAUUUCAAAAAGUGAUUCCUAUAUAAGAUCUUUUGAUUCAGAUUUUUAUUCCUUAAAUCUUUUUGAAUACAUAUCAUGUCUUGAGAAACUUAGGAUUACACCAAACGUAAUUGAAGAUCUGCAAAAUGGAAAUAUUACAUUAACAGAAGCUUUGGACAGAUAUAUUGUUCCAAAUGAUAUUAUCGUAGCAUAUGUGAAAGCUAUAUCUGAAGAGUCUCAAAAAAGAAUUAAUGUAGAUCUAAAUGGAGUUGAAGCAGAAGUUUUUUAUGUUGGAGAUACUUAUUAUAUAGGAGGAAUACCACCAAAACCUGAAAACGAAUUGACAAUAUAUGAAAGAUUAAGAGAUCUUUCAGAUCCUGGGAACCCUGGCCGAAGAUGGUGCUGGAAGUUCGUAAAACAUGCUCAGGCGCCAUACAAUUGGGGUCACAUUACCAAUUUCGAAAAUUGUGAAUUCUCAGGAGAUGAUUCAAGGUAUCAAAUUACAGAAGAUUCCGUUUGCACAAACAAAGGCGGAAUUGAAUCCAUUUCUAUUUACCAAGGGUCAUACACAAACUAUGAGCUCGCAUGCAUUGAAAGAAGAGUUGCAAGGCUUUCUUCUGCAGACUCAUGUUGGAUUGUGCACAAAGGAGUAACCCAAGAGAUGAUAGAUAAUGCAGAAGUUCCUCUGCAAAGGCAAACUCCGAACAAAAAAAGAAUUAAGAUUUCUGUAAAACCGCACCUUAUAUUAAAGAGAUUAUUUGGAGCUGAAGCAAAUGCGUGCAAUCCCGAAAACUUGGUUGCCCCAUUUAAAGGCUUAGACGGAGCUUCAUUAAUAGCCUCUAGAUUUAACAGAGCUAGCGGCGGAAUUGAGCUUUUACAACGCUGCGAUGGCUCUCAAUAUAAUGAAGCGCUUGUUGAGUUGGAAAGAGAAAGCUAUGGAGAUGUUGUUUGUGUUCCAGAUCCACCACUCCCAAGUUGGCUUUGCUCUGGUCUUUCCGUAUAUUGCAAACCCUAUUAG